AUGUGUGCAUCCCUGCAUGAACCCCAUGCACAGUGCUUCGAGUGGAUCGAGUACUUUGCUGGCUCAUCUCGGUGCACUUCAAAGGUGCGCUUGAAAGGUUACACGGGUGCCCGUUUUGAUAAAGUCUAUCAUACGCCCUCGCCGGACCGUCCUCAUUCAUCGAAUUUUAUGGAUAUCAACAGCCCCUCCGGCUUUGUGCUGGCUAUAGUGGCUUUGCUGAAGUGCAAACCGCAAGCUUUCGCAAUUUGGCUGGGUAUCAAGUGCUCCUCGUGGACCAGCAUCAACAGGGGAACUUCGAAGCGAUGUCGCGAGAGUCGGCUGGUGGAUGGGUCUCUACGGAGGAUCUACCCAAUGCCCUUUGCUGAUGCAGUGGCAAACAUCUUCGACGAUUUGAGGCUGCAGGCCAACCAUGUCAAAGGCAUGGAGCUGCCAGAGCAGCUUCUUGCAGACGAGCAGGCUAUAUUGAAGAAGAUCAAAAUGCUUGAAGUCUCCAUCACAGACGACGAGCAAGUCCUCUCCGUGAGCCCGGCUGUUGGCCGUGGAUCCACGGAAACCCUGACUGAAGCAGAGCUGGCCGAGAUGCAUGCUUGUGUGCCGGAAGAUGAACAGGAGACCGGAAAGACUGUGGAACCCAGCGAGACCGACGUGGCUGAGAAGCCGUGUGGUUCCCGCCGACCAUUGAAGCGCAAACGAGUGAAGACGAGACGCGAGCUGCUUCAGGAAGCGGCCAAAGCGAGAAUUGCUCGCAUGACCAAGCCGAAGCGCAAGCGUACAGAUCUGAAUGUGCCGCAAUUUGUCAUCGACAAAUGGAACUCCGGUACAAGUUCCAAAGACGAGAUGGCCGAGUUGUUGAUGCGCGUCAACAACGAUAAGGACAAGUUCGUAGAAGAACUCGAGCUUAUCAUCCGGAAAGUCAAGAAGUUCAUUCUUCAUGUCAAUGAAGGAUGGUACUCUGAAAGCGAGAUGAAAGCCGAGCUGAAGUGGUCGGCGCAAAGGAUAGCCGGUGCGAAGAAGCUUUGCGAAGCCAACCCUGACCUGAACAGGACUUCUUAUGCAGCAAUUAGCUAG